UAAAAAACAGAGGUACGAUGUGAGUACAGUUUUGUACUCAAAGGUACACUUUACAUAAUUGUACCCUCAAAGAUACAGUAUUGGUCUUUACAGGGUCAAAUAUGUUCUCCCUGAAGUACAAAAUCUUUUCUAACAGGAGGAAGUACUAAUUUGUACCAUUUAACCAGCCACUAAAGAAUGCGACCGAGUGAGGGAGCCCUCGCGCACGGCACUAGCCUCUUAUUUUUAAAUUUUAACGGUCACUGUUCUGGGCGGGAGGAGUGUGACAAUGGCGCUGAGGCAGCUCUCAACUGAGGAGCUGAUAAAAAAGUUGGUGGACGCAGGAGUCGAAAUAACAGCAGAGGAGGCUCAGAGGUUCAGAGAAAAUGAUGUGGAUGGAGAGACAGUUGACUGUGGACUUACAGAAGCCAUGAUUGCUUAUCUCUUUGAUAAGUCUUUCAAAAAACAAUUAAAAUUUAGAGAUUUUGUGUCUCAACACAAGGAGGUAAUUCUUUCUUUGGAUGAUAUCACACCAGAUGUAGAAAACCUGAUUCAAAUUGAAAGAAAGGAGCCAGUUUGCCAAAGACUGCCUGCUGUGAUGUCCAUUCCGUGUUUUCCAAAAGAUGUCCAAAGCCGCCUGGAUGCCAAAGAGAGUUGUCAGAAGGUCCCAAGAGAUCGUAACAAAAUUAUUAGGACACUCUAUGAAAUGAUGGCACAGUACACAAUGUAUCCUACCAAUGCAGAGUAUGUUCAGGUUGCCAAAGCUUUGAUUGUGAAGUACCCUUUCUUGAAGGAUGUUGAGGGGAAUGGUUAUCAUACCUGGCAUAUGUCACUUAAGAGGAAGUUCAAGGCAGAACGGGCGCCACUUCUCAACGACACCGAGGUCAAAAAGUUUAAAGAGAAGUUUCACCAAGCAAGGAAGUCAACAGAUGGACCUGAAACUUUGCAUGUCAAGCGUACUAAGACAUUUGUGGAAUCAUGCAUUGUUGGAGAGGAUGCUACAUCUGUUGAGGCCCAUGUCAAGGCAUUGCAUGAACAGUACAGGAAGACACAACCUGAUUUGGCGAUCGUGAAGGACCGCAUGAAAAAGACAUUUGCAUGGCGUCGUUGAGAAAUAUCAGAGGGAAUGACCGUUACAAACAUCUUGAUGAAAUACCCGUUCUUAAGAACAUCCUCAGGGUUGUAUGACGAGGUUGAUGCCAUCCAUCCUUUGACGGUGAACAUUUGUCGUCGCUUCAACGAGGGAUUUACAGCUUUACUCCCUAAUUUGCUGAAACUUGUCAAGGGGACGUUGCCACUAAAAAAACUGUAUGUGGAGGCGAGAGAGGAAGCUCUGGCUGAGGACCUUCCAGGCAUUGACUUCAGGGGUGGACUUGUUUUUUUGCCAUCCAUCUUCAGGGAGAACAUUGACCACCUCAUUUCACUUGGAGAGGGUGAACCUGCCACGCCGUAUCCUACAAUUCAGCUGAAAGACAAGGAUUGGAAAACUGCCAUUUCUAGACGAAGUCAGAGUGUGGUGAAGGUUGAUGGAGUUGAGGUGUGCACUUGUGCUGCGAUAGAUGAGGCCUUCAUCACAACCUUUUGUAUGUAUUUCACCUUCAACAUUGCAUACCCUCCACGGCUGAGAAAUACCAUGACAUUUCUCCAGAGGUGCAUUCUACACAUCAAGGAGGAAGGAGACAAGCCAUUGCCAGUAACUGUGACACGAGUGAUGAAUCUUCUGUAGAUCUAUGGCUCCACUGCACCAAUGCCCAAAAUGCCCACGUAGAACUUUCACCCUUGUAAAGCUUAUACAACACAUUGGACUUGUACAUGCACACAAAGCUCACUUUAGCAUUACUUGUGGUAUAAAUGAUUGCUGUUCUACUUUUUCCAAGUACCAUUCUUACAGAAGACACGUGUACAGAAAACACAAACACAGUGUUUUUCCUUCCCCUGGGAGCAACGAAGAAGUUAAUGAAGAAUCAGUAGUGGAACAAGACAACACUUUUGAUGCAGAUUUAACCCAGCAGUCUACCCCACCAAGUAUUGAUAAACUGCUUGAAAAUUUAAGGGAGAACCUUUUUGGCUUUAUUCUAAAAUGCAGGGAAAAAAACCACCUUCCUCUGUCAGUUCAACAAGAUAUUGUUCAUGAUUUAAACUUUUUAUUUUGUUUUUUUAAAGAGAACUAUGACUUAUUCAUCUCUUAUCAUCUUGAAAAAAAUGGCUUCCCUAUUUCAGAGUGCCCUGAACUUCAGCAAGUUUUAUCCACCCCUGAUUUCUUUGACAAAGCUUGUGAUGUAAUUCGUUCUCCACACAUGAUUAAAGAACACUGUAAAUCUAAAAUGGAUAUGACAGAACCCUUUAACUAUGAACUAAGAAAUGCUUCUGGAAACAAAAUUGGCACUUUUUCUUAUGUACCCAUUGCAGAGGUAUUGAAAAAAUAUUGUUCUCUUGAAGAUGUCUGGGAAGAGAUUGUUGCAGAUGCUCAUAAAAUAAGAGACGAUCAGAUUUUGUUGGACUACACUGAUGGAGUUUAUUUUAAAGAACAUUCAUAUUUUAAAGACCACCCACAGGCUCUAAGACUUCAUUUUUAUGAAGAUGAAUUUGAAAUUGUUAACCCUUUAGGCUCUAAGAGAAGCACGUACAAGAUGUGUGCAUUUUAUUAUAGUGUUGGCAAUGUCAGUGCAAGGUAUCGCUCGAAACUCAGUCACAUACAUUUAGCUUUGCUUGUUCGCUGUUCUCAUCUAAAAGAGUGUGGGCUUGAUGUUAUACUCCAACCAGUGGUAGAUGACCUAAAAAAGCUCUCAACUGAAGGGUUCGUCCUAAAUGUUAACGGACACGAGUGCAGAAUUAAUGCUGCCCUGGCAACAUUUUCAUGUGAUAACCUGUCUGCUCACAUGAUAGGUGGGUUUACAAUGUCUUUUAACAGUGGCAGAAUUUGUCGGUACUGCAUGGCCUCUUAUUCUGAGAUGAAACAAAAAUUCCGGGAGGAAAGUUUUGUUCUUAGGACAGCAGAAGUGCACAGGUAUCACCUUGAGUGUGUAGAAAAUGAUCCAGCAAGUGCUGCUUUGUACGGUGUACAUGGUACUUGUAAAUUUGAUAUGCUAGAUUACUUUGAUGUCACAAGCUGUCUUCCUCCUGAUAUCAUGCAUGAUUUGCUAGAAGGAGUGCUGCCUCUUGUAAUGAAAUUGGUCAUUUGUGAAGCUCAUAAACAAAAGCACAUAACCAUACAGGAGAUAAAUAAUGAGCUCAAAAGCAUGACCAUUGGGAAAAAUGACAGGGCAAACAAGCCAGUGCUUCUCUCUGAAAAACUACUUCGAAAUUCUGCCAUUGUUGGGUCAGCCAGUCAAAAGUGGUGUCUAUUCAGAUUGCUGCCUUUCUUGAUGGCAGACCAUGUUCCACCUGAUAGUCCAUACUGGCGUGUGUUCAAACUGUGUGCUGAAAUCACAGAUGUAGUUAUGGCUCCUACAGUGAGAAAAGAUGAACUUGCUGUUCUGGAAUUUGUUGUACAAGAAUUUCUGACUGAGAUGACAAAUGUUUUUGGGAACGUUUUAACUCCCAAAUGUCAUUUUUUAACACAUUAUCCCAGACUUAUGCUAAUGUUUGGUCCUCUUCGUGCUUUGUGGUGUAUGAGGUUUGAAAGCAAACACCAAUAUUUUAAGAACAUUGCUAGCACAUGUAAAAAUUUCAGAAACAUAACCUCAACUUUGAGCAACCGUCAUCAGAUGAAACAGUGCUGGGAGUUUUCCUCUAAAGGGCUACUAUGUGAUUUUGAGGAGACGCUCAGCAAAAGUGUAAGCACACCCUUUUCAUCUCUACCAGCAGAGCUACAGAAGGCUCUUAUUUGCAAUGAUGCUCUGAGGGAUGUUCAGUUUCAAGACAAGGUACUUCAACGUGUAUCUUGUGUGUCAGUGAACAAUGUUAAAUAUUCCCUUGGCGAUGUAUUUGUAAUAGGCCAUCUGCACACUGAAAUGAUUCCAUUGUUCUGGAAGGUGAAGUACAUACUAAACAUUGACACUUUGUGGGUUAUGUGUGGUAAAAUAUUGGUUCCAGUGUCAUUCGAUGGUCAUUUCCAUGCAUAUCGUGUCACACUUGACAAAGAUUGGACUUUACAAAUUCCAGGAAAGGAAUUGGAUCAUCAAGCUCUUGACACGUAUUCUGUUGAUGAUAAUCUUUUCGUUUCAAUGAAAUAUUUAGUCUAAAACGUGAAUUCAGAAUUGAAUGUUUUUUUUUGUUUUGUUUGUUUUUUAAAGGAGAACUCCGGUGUAAAACAUGAUUUAAAAAGUACCUAUCUUUGAGUAGCACAUCUCCGUUCUCCCACAGCGUUCAGAGAUCCAGAAAUUAACAGUUUGUCAUUUUUGUCAACAGUUUGUCAGACAUUGUCAUGUUCAUUUUAAAAAUGCUGGCCUUUUUGUAGAAAUUCCCAUGAUCUAAACAUUGGUGUUUUUAUAUGGUUGUUGAUGCCAUGUACAGUUCUAUACCAUUUGCUGUUUUUUAGAUGCUUGUAGUGGUUAUGUAAUCAUUUAUUAAAUUGCAGUUGGGCUGAAUUUGCAAUGGUUGUGUUGCUUAAAGCCCUUUUGAAAUGAUAAUCUGCGUACUACUAAAUAAAAAGCAUUGAACAACA